AGUGUUAUACCGAGGCUGACGAAGCGAGGGUCUGACAGCGGGGAAUCCCUCGCCGUGGCUCGUCCCCGUGGUGUUAGCUCAGUAAAUAUUCCUGUGCGCUGGGAAGGCCGAUCUUUACCUGUGAGUUCUUCACUUAUCAAUGUAGGACCAAACCUCUCGUAGGACGGGAGCCACUUUCUGAGUCAGUCACCAGUUAUGACCCGAACACAGUCCGUAUAUCUACCCACUCAGACGGCGAAGCAGGUAGACAAGCCUGUCUUGUGAGCAGACGACACAUUACAUAUAUUGGAUGGUACUUGGGAAUGAUGACAAACUCUGGGAAGACACACUGUGUUUUACGGACGCCGGUUAAACCGAGUUGGAUACAUACUAUACUCUGGGGAGCUGUGGCCGCUAUUGUUGGAUUUAAUUCAGUGUCUUGUCUGACAUGCACGUCCAGUGAUCUGAUGAGUAUCCAGGAACCCUGCAGAGCUGAGAACAAUGAACUUGUCAGACAUAUCGGGACCGGCCAUAGCAACAAGUUGUGCGACGCGUUGCACGAAUUGUGGUUUUGUGUAGCCAAGAACGUUCCCCGGUGUUUCCACAACAUGACUCACAUCCACCAGCGGUUCACCCACUCCCCACACAACUGCCGCAUGAAUAAUGACUACUUCCUGAAGAUACAGAAGAUUAUCAGAGAGAAUGAGGAGAACGGGGAUACCUCACCGACGCCGACGCCGACGCCGACGUCCACACCCUCCACCACGACGUCUAAAGGUGGGGACAAGGACCCUGGAUACACGGUGGGACAUCAGGGAGGAGGGCCUAGCGGUGGGGGUCCCGCGGUGAAGAGCUGUGAUCACGUGACAUAUUUACUGCUGAGCUUGAUGAUAUUGGUGCAUACACGUCCGGUGCUAUAACCAUCCAUGGAUACACUUAGAAUGUCAUCAGGGUGUGGUCUGACUGUUUGAUUUGGAGAAAACAUUAGCAGGAACACAUUACGUGUAUGUUCCAUGAGACCGGACAUUUAUUUAUGUUGCAACUGACCAAUUGCCAUGUCGGAUAGUGCCCUUGACCUGAAGGUCAACAGAAAAACUGUCUGUAUUUGCGACUUAAGCGUUUGAUCAUUUAAUGUCGCUUUGCAUCCAUGUGUUAACAAACAGGCUCAGUCACGAUUGUGUAAUUAGAAUAUCUAUCAUUUCAUACAUAUCACUUUGUUAUCAGGGUGGGGUAAAUAUAAGUGAUGUAAAGCAUCGUGUACAAUUUUUGGUAUGCGAAAGAAUGUUACUCGCGUUUCUCAUGUUGUAGUCGAGUCUCCUUGCCUUGUUAAAACAUUCCUGUGUAGACCUCAUGUAAAAUGAGUGAGUGAGUGAGUUAAGAUUUAACGGCACAUCGGUAAUAUUUCAGCCAUAUCCUGACGAACCUCAUGUAAAAAAUGUUCAAGGAGUUGUCGACAACUUGUAAGGACUGUUUCUUUACAUUUCUCAACAUUAUGAAACUUCCACUGACACUUCACUCUCUGACUGACAAAUCUUUCAACGUUAAGAGAGGGUACUAAACAUCUCUCGACUAUAAAACCAUGGGAUACGCCAUGAUCACGGGGACCUUUAUAAAGAAAAAGAAAAAUCUCGGGCGCUGUAAAAUCUGUUCGUGAUAUAUAUUUCUGCUACAACCAUCAAACCGUUUUAAAUAAAGCUGGAUGGCAAUUGCAGAUGUACACGUGAUAGUUUGGGCCUGUGCUCGUCAGUCUUCAUCAGGAAGUGAAAAGGCUUUUGAAAAACCGUGACUUUACGUUUCUUACAACACAUCUUUAUUCUUUUAAGACCUUAACUCACAGGGGCGGUGGGGUAGCCUAGUGGUUAAAGCGUUUGUUCGUCAAAGGCUCGGGUUCGAUUCCCCACAUGGGCACAACGUGUUAAGCCCAUUUCUGGUGUCCCCCGCCGUGAUAUUGCUGGAAUAUUGCUAAAAGCGGCGUAAAACUAAACUCAGUCAGGCAGUCUUAACUCACAAGAGGCAGUGGGUAUAACCUAGUAGUUAAGGCGUCCGCUGAAGACCCGGGUUCGAUUCCCCACAUGGGUACAAUGUGUGAAGCCCAUUUCUGGUGUCCCCCGCAGUGAUAUUGCUGGAAUAUUGCUAAAAGCGGCGUAAAACAAUACUCACUCAGUCUUAACCCACAGUGCCCGUGAGGUAGAGAGCUCCACCCUGUUUCAGUUCGAGGUCAUUUUGUUAACUAACAUUGUAAUUCCACACUGGGGACCAAUUAACAAGUGUAUAUGUUUGCAAGGGUUAAUAUAUAUAUGCGUGUUUAUGCAUGAAUGCAGUAACGUACUGUCUUAAUUGCCAAUAUAUUCAUGUUUUGUUUUAUAUGUUUAUGAUUGUUACCAAACAGAUGUUUUAUUUUUACUAAGAACUGUUCGAUUAAGCUAUGUUUGGUGUGAAUUAACUCAACUAAAAUACCACUCACUUAGAGCCAAACGCACAAUUUCAUUGAACUUGGUUUAUAGGGAAUCAUACAAAACAAUGUUUAGGUAAAGAGGAUAGGUUUGGAUAGACAGAAAUCCCUUGAUGGUACAGAAGAACGUAAGCUUGUCGGUAUAUGGCAUAUGUUUAUUUGUAACUUAUUGAUUCUUUCAACAGUAACCGUUAGCAAACGAAUGGAUACAUUUUGUUUUAUAUGGAAACUUGUAAAAUACUAAAUUGCUAAGGGGUAUCUUUGACGUCCUAUAUUUGAAAAUUAUUGAAUUUGGGAAUGUUUUGGCCCAUAUUUACAACAUUUCAAACAUUCUAGGGGUCUUGAGGUUGCAACUAUUUUUUCCCCAGUCAUCUUUGAACCAAGAUAAUUUUGCGCACAAUUACCCAGCCACAGAUAACUUUUCAUGAACUGUUGCAUGAAUAAGUAAUGGUUAAACAGACAUGAUCUAAUUUAACAACAGUUUGUUUUCGAUUUUCACGUAUAUUAACUACAAGCUCAGUGUACUUCUUUCUGGCCUGUGAGAAAUGUGAAAUGUUAUUCAAGAUAGGUAAAAACAUGUUGAGUUGUUGCUGAAGAAGAGUUAGAAUGACUGUGGGAACGAAUUUUGUCAUUUUAAUCCAACACGUUCAUUUUGGUCUGUCAUGUUAAUGAGUGGUCAUAGUGAAUAAUGCUUUGAGUGUUUAAAUUGCUUAUUUAAUAGUUUAUGUUUCUUCAUCGUCGAAGUGUUGAACAUCACGUUGGCAAAUGACCCUGAACCUAUGGUCAUGAUGAUGACGAUGAUGAUGAUCAAAGGAAAACAAUGGGCGCUUAUCGUGUGGUACGUUGUCUGUAUAUAUUUGUGUACAAAGUAUGUGCCGCCCGUUAAGGAUAUAUAUAUCGUUAGAUUGUUUAAACGCUUUGUGGUAUAUUUUUGUAUAUUUUGUUGGUCAAUUAACCGUUAUUAUUGGACCUCACGAUGUAAUUCAUUCGUAAAUUUCUGGUUUUAUAUGAAUAUUAUGGUAAACCAGCCAAUCUGCACAGACGCUUUUCCCAUGGUUUCAUUUGACAUACAUUGUAUUGAUUUUAAUCAAGAUUAUGCACAUGUAUGUAGGUUUAAACCGAUUCUGUACUGAAACACACAAGAAACGCCACAAUCCAAAACGGUAUCCGUACUUAAGUAGGACCUUUCUCAAUGGCCAAGUGUUCAUUCAUUAGGUCUACUGAUAUUGUCCAUAUUGUCUAGGUAACUAUGGUGACCAGUGGCUGCGGGUUUGAUAUACAGGAUUAUCCCACAGUUGGCAAACAAUUUAUGACGGUUUAUAUAUACAUCAUGGUUAGCAGACAAUUCAAGACAGCUAAAUUUACAUCAUUUGCAGACAAUUAAAGACGGUUUUCAGUAACAGAACUGCUAAAUAAACGAUACAUCGAAAACUCGAAUAAGUUACAGUAUUUCAUGUUUCAUUGCUUUAAGAAUCGACUGUAUGGAAUGUUUGGGGAAGGAUUCGGAUUUGUUUACAUAUUUUGGAAGAAAACGUUUAUACAAGAUUUAUGCUUCAUUUUCUUCCAAAUAAUUUGUUGGUGCUCCAAAACAAGCUCCACCCAUUUGGCUUCUGAUUUCAGAGCUACUUUCAAAACACUGAAACAUAAUCUGAUGCAAACAAAAACCCAACCCCAAGAAUAUUACUUGGUAGAUUGUUAAGGACGGACAAUCAGAGUCCGGAGGAACCGUUAAGACGUAAGGAACGCUGUCAUGUGCGUCAUGGACUGACUGACCAAAUCCCACCGAGAAGCCAGCACCUCCUUAUCCCUACCAACUGUAACAUAUGUGUUGCUUCAACUGCACUGACUUGUCUGUGUGUGUUGCCGUUUAUUUGAACAUCAGCUAUUUACCUGUUUGCCUUUGACAAUGAUGAUGUGCCAUCGCUCUGGCAAACAAUUGCAACCUAGUGAGAGAAUACAAUCUCUGUUUGCUGAACUUUACCAAUAACGAAUUUCAAACAUUGUUUUGCCUAGAUCCUGUUUUUUCUCAGUUGUACCUAUAUCUGCUGAUCGUAAAUGGUUGUGAAUUUGUAGGUCUACACAUUAUCUACCUUUGUUGUUUGUGCUCUGGUAUGUACAAUUUGGAAGAAACCUUCGCCUCUUUGAGGCCACUGAUGUAUAUUUGUUCAUGGUGGAAGGGUAUAUGUAGAUAGAACAUAUUGUUCACAAGUCAUGACUAACAUUUGUGGUAUAAACUUCUGUUACCGGUUCAUUGAUAAUGUUCACGGCCACACUACACCCAGUAAUCAACCACUAGUCCGUUUUUAUCCAUGUCCAAGUCAAGCUUAGCAGUAGUACUAGUCACAAUCUAGUACAAGUUGCCUGCAAAAAAUAUUUCCAGAUUCAUAACUUUGCUCCAGCUGUGAACCAGAAAGGGAAUCAAGUUAAAGUUGAAAAGAUCAGGGCCCUGUAGCACAAAGCGAUCUUAGCUAAGCUAAGGUUAAAGUAUGGGCGUAAUGAUGACCUUAGCGCUACGAUCGCUUUGCGCGGCGGGGCCCUUGGCCCCAUUUCACAAAGCGAGCUUAGCGCAAAGGAGAUCGUAACUCCCAUACUUAACAUAGACUUACGACAGUCUUAGCGCUACGUUCGCUUUGUGAAACAGGCCCCAGGUGUAUUUUCUAGUGUGUGCAUUUGCAGGUGUUAGAGAUACGUCGUGAAAAUGUUAUCCAUGAACCUGUCACAGAACAGAAGGUAUAUGACUUAUAUCUUCGUAAGUCCCAUCCGGGCGGCAAGUGGUGGAACUGGGAGUAUGGCUGCGCCAAUCGUUAACGUGCGACAAACACCUCCGCUGCGGAGUUGUACAAUUUAUGAUAAUCACAGUUCAACCUGUGUCGGUGUACAUGUUUAUUUUGUGAGUGUUUAUCUACUAAUGUAGAUAAGAACCCUCCUCGGUGUCUCCGGUUAGUAUAUCUAUAUCUGUUAGGAGAAACUCUGGAAUAACCGGCCUCGCUGGCCUUGGUGAAUUUGUAUGCUGUAUGAUAUUCGUACGUACCAUCAGGGGAUUAAGUGACAAUCCGUGUUUGUGUACUGUUGUCCAAUUGCAUGUAACCGUUGAAGCGGUGUCAGCAACGCCUGGGUGUUGGGUGUGUGGAAUCACUUCUACGACGAUGGCAAUACCGGGUAUUGAAACUAGAUAUAGUAAAUUAACCAUUGAUACCGAGAGGGGGUGUAAAGUCAAGGUUUGUACAAAUUGUGAUUGUAUAAGCAGACUUGGUUCUCGACAUUGGUGUGCUUGGGACAACAGCUAUGAGUUGUAUUUGUUUCCUCACGAUUAAAUUUAUUUUUUACAGUUGACAAGAAUCAAUAAAAUCAGAAUUUGCA